AUGGGGAACAAGCUGAGCUGUUCCUGUGCCCCACUCAUCCGCAAAGCCUAUCGCUACGAGGACAGCCCCUGGCAGACCGCACGCAGGAGGGAUGGACAUCUGCUCAGGCUCUGGGCAGAGGUGUUCCACGUGAGCGCGGCUAGUGGAGCCGUCAAGUGGCAGCAGGUGUCCGAGGACCUGGUGCCGGUGAACAUCACCUGCAUCCAGGACCAGCCGGACUGUGUCUUCCACAUCACCGCCUACAACUCGCAGGUCGAGAAGAUCCUCGACGUCCGGCUCCUCCAGCCAGGCACACGUCUUGGCCAAGCAUCAGAAUGUUUUGUUUACUGGAAAGAUCCUGCCACCGGCGACACCUGGGGCCUGAACUUCACUUCUCCCAUCGACGCCAAGCAGUUUCGAGAAUGUUGUUCCCCUUCAUUCAAAUUUUCUCGGAAAGCUUCUUCGUCUUAUUCUUUAAAACUAGAACCACCCAAGCAACAGAAGACGAAGGGCGGCAAGCGCAAACCCCAAUCGACGCCAAGCUCGCCGUCACGGAGCCGGGAGCUCCAGUGCACGUGCAUGACGGCCGAGAACCUGCACCGGGCCCGCAAUGGCCGGGUCAGGUACACGGGAGCCGCCACCCUCCCCCGGGUGCAACCGCGCUCCGUCGACGACUACAAGAUCUCCUAUGACGGAACACGAGGAGGGGGAGGGCGCACUCAGCAGACGCAUGCCUCAUCCACAUCAGUCUACGACAACGUCGCUUCCUCUUCGCUCAGACGUGGCACGACGACGGCUAGCGUCCACGGCGGAGGACACGCAGGAAAACAAACGGCGGGCCACGGCUCAGCGCAGGCCAACACGCAGGUGAAGACCUCCCUUCAGGAGCGCAUCUCGGACGUGUCGGGGAACAUGUCUGGAGAUGCCCACCGCUUCGGGGUUCGACAGGAUAGCGCUCGGCAGCUGUACGCGCAGUCGGCGCGCAAGGAGCAGGCCAAGAGCGUCGACUGCGGAGACAGGCAUCAGCUGCUGGACAGGGGGCUGCGCGGGGGCGUCGGUGCCCUCGACGACCUGCAGACGCGCUCCAAGAGCAAGAGCUCGGACAACGUGUUCGAGCAGUCGUCGCAGGACCUGCCCGGAAUCAGCCUGGACAGCGACACCCUGAAGCGCAUGCUGAACCCGCUCCCCUCCAACGAUUCGCCGGAUCAGGACAUCGCGGCCAUGCUCAAGCGGAGGGAGCUGCUGCGCAAGCUGAGCAGCGAGGACUCGCGCGACCUGCCCCGGGCCUUCGCGAACCGCAGCCGGCAGCACCGCUCGGAGACGGGGCGGCGGAGGAGUCUGGAACGGACCAUGUGCCUGGACCUGCCGGAUCCGGAUCAGUCUCCUCCUUCCGACCACAUCCUCUACGACAACUUCUGCUAUGCCACGACGCCGAGCUCCAGCAACGAGAACAGCGAUACCGGGGGCCCAAACGUGAGCUCGGACGAGGGUCCCGCCGGGCGCCCGCCCCACGGGCCGGGGUCCCCGACGGGACGCCUUCUGCUCGAGUACGAGAUGCACCUCCGCAACGCCUUAGCGAGAGGACUGGACGCCGAAAGCUACAGCCUGCACACCUUCGAAGCCUUACUCAGCCAAAGCAUGGAAAACGUCGUUGCUUUAAUGCGUGAGGUGCAUGCCGAGUUGGAGGCCAUCAGGCAAGAGGAGAGGAACAUCAGCGGGCUCGAUGGAAUGACCGGAAUCGGUGAGAAGAGACCUUCCCUCAGCGGCAAAUGCAAUACCCUUCCGCUACCCCCUUUUAACCGUCAUCCCAUUCUAAUGCCUGGGGGAUUGUCCGCCAACAGUUCCAUUGAAGUAAACUCGCAAAGUAUACCCCAACAGCCUUCCAUAGACAGCACAGACUCCAAGAUAUACUUCACCUCAUCCGAAGUGUCUGAUGACGACCGCCUGUCCUUGACAACGGCCUUGAGCGAAGAGGAGGACGGAGACACGAGGAAUUCUCCGUAUCGCGCUCGAUCUGGUUCUGCGGCAGCUUCCUUCAACUGUACUGGAGCAGUCAGAAAAGCUGGGUUCUUGAGUGUGAAGAAGUGGCUGCUGCGCAAGCGUCAACGCGUGGAGCUGGCUCGCAAGCGUGGUUGGAAGGGCUACUGGGUGUGCCUGAAGGGCACCACCCUGCUGUUCUACCCAUGCGGCGACAGCCGGGAGGGGCGACCCGUCGACUCCGCACCCAAGCACUUGAUCAUCGUGGAUGGUGCCGUCAUGCAGCCCAUCCCAGAACAUCCCAAGAGAGACUACAUCUUCUGUCUCAGCACGGCCUUCGGAGAUGCCUACCUCUUCCAGGCUCCUUGUCGGGUUGAACUGGAAACCUGGAUAAACAGCAUCCACUGCGCGUGCGCAGCUGCUUUCGCCAGGCACCGUGGGAAAACGGGGACUCUCCACUUAUUGCAAGAAGAAAUCUUUCGACUAGAAAAGCAAAUUGAAUCGGAUGCCAAAAUGAAGCACAUGGCUGAACUGCAGCUGACUGUGGUAGCUGAUGCCGAGAGCAAACUUCAACUGGCCAAUCAGAUAAGCAACUGGGAAGAAAAUAUGGAACGGUUGCAUUGCGAACAGUUCCGAUUACGGUGCUAUAUGUCCUCCUUGCAAAGUGGAGAGUUGCCCAAUCCCAAGAGCCUGUUAACGCACGUCUCAAAGGCGACUAAGUCCACGCUGAAUGAGCUGGGGGUGUUCACGGUGUCGUCGUUCCACGCCUACAUCUGCGCUCGCAGUCCUUCCCUCCUAACUAAUUUGCUGUCCGGUAGAGGCGCUACCAAGAGAAGGUCCCUAUCGAGGUCUAACAGUGGCAGGCGCUCUCUAUCCAACACUUCAAGCUGCAGCUUAGAUUUACCCUCAAUGCCUGAACGGUCAAUCAAAAUACAGAUUCCUGAUAAUCAGACGGUGUCGACGAGCUCGCUGAAUGUUCGUGACAACAUGACGGUGGAGGAGGUGUUGUGGAGUGCUUGUGCUAAGAAGCAACUCUCUCCCAACGAUCACUUUCUGCGAACCAAGAAGAGGAAAGAUGUCGACGAGUAUUUUGUACCACCGCGGAACGAACUCAUCGAGAAUCUCAUCAACCUAUAUGAAGUACUGGAGGUGUGUCCCAAAGUACUCUACCAGGUCGAGUUAGGACGCCAUAGUCUUGAGCAGCUUUUUGGUUUCAGUGUGGAAGCAGAACUCGUCGAGAAUGUUGAUCAUCAAGACGAACUCUGCGUGUACGUCAGUAGAGUUGAAGAAAGCAGUCUCGCUCAUCAACAAGGGUUGAUGAAGGGAGACGAGAUCAUGGUGAUCAAUGGCGCCAUCGUUUCGGACCUGGACAUGAUGUACAUCGAAAGCGUCCUGCAGGAGGAACUGUCUCUUUGCAUGAUGAUGCGGUCUUCCCGGACGGAGCCGCCGGACCUGGCCUCGGCCAUGAGGACGACGACGGACGACUACAUCGAGUCGCUCGUCUGCCCGCCCCCGCCCGGUGACUCCGUCAUCACAGACGAGAUGAUCGGAACCCUCAUUGUUCCCUCGCCCAUCUGGUGCAAGGAAGGGCUCAAGUCACAACAGUCGAGUUCAAUCCAGCGGUCUCCAGAUACUUCUGGUCGACCCACCCCCUCGCCCGUUCCCAAUGCUGAUACUGCACCUCUUUCUGUCGAGCAGAUUGAUAGCAUCUUGAAGGUAAUUGAAGAUUCAUGCAAAAAGACAGCUGAUACUGUAACAGAGUACUGUAGAGCCCCUUUAGAGCGAAGAAGUUCCAGUAUUGGAGGAGCCAGUAGUACUGGUAGUACAGGUUCUGGUGGCAUACCUUUCGCUCCAUCCAGACAGCUCUCUGAUGGUGAAAAGCUCAGAAAGGUCAUCAUGGAACUCAUAGACACAGAAAGAACAUACGUUAAGCACUUAAACAGUCUAUUGGAGCACUACCUGGAGCCCAUGAAGAAGGAAACUUUUUUGUCGAACGCAGAAAUCAACACUCUUUUCGGAAACAUACAGGAAAUCGUACAGUUCCAAAGAGUAUUCCUCCAGAGCUUAGAAGAGGCGAUUUCUGCCGAACCGGAUUUCGCUAAAUUCGAGCUUCCUUCCCAAUUCAAGAACGUUUUGUUCGCAUUGGGAAAUUCUUUUCUGUAUUAUGCUGACCAGUUCAAGUUAUACAGUUCGUUUUGCGCGAGUCACUCGAAGGCUCAGAAAGUGCUUCAUCCAGGCGAGGGGAACGCGGCUCUCGUGGAGUUCCUUCAGUCUCGCAACCCUCGAGGCCAGCAUUCCUUCUCUUUGGAGUCCUACCUCAUCAAGCCGAUCCAACGGAUCCUCAAGUACCCUUUGCUUCUGCAGCAGCUCAAGCACCUUACUGAUCCCACGUCAGAGGAGCACACACACCUUGCAGAGGCCCUAAAGGGAAUGGAACGUGUCGCGGAACACAUAAACGAAAUGCAGAGGAUCCACGAGGAGUACGGUGCGAUAUUUGAUCAUUUACAUCGACAACAUCUCAAAUCUUCAAAGCAACACGUCGAUUUGAAUCCAGGAGAAUUGCUGUUCUAUGCGGGCGUAGAAUGGCUCAACAUUUCAGAAUUCUUGGGUAAGAUUAAGAAAGGACUGGAGCUGUAUGCCAUGUGUUUUGUCUUCAAGACGGCAGUGGUCUUCCUUUGCAAAGAGAAAAUCCGGCAGAAGAAAAAACUCAUGGGGAGUUCGAACAAGAACAGCACUUCUGAAGUAGAAAUAAUUCGCUAUCAAGUGUUGAUUCCUGUCACAGAAGUUCAGGUCCGUUCAAGUACGCUCAAGGAUGGCGAGUCCCACUUCCUCUGGGAACUCAUCCAUCUCAAGUCACAACUCCAGAGAAGGUCUGAAAAGGUCUACCAGCUUUCAAACAGUACGAGCGAGCUUAGGAACUCUUUCCUCCGCACCAUUCGGCAGAUCAUCCGGGAGAGCGUCCGCAACAUGACCGUCCCGGCGACCAGGGCCGGGAGCGGGGCACGCGAGAAGUCUCCGCACUCGCGGCGCCCGGACGGCAUGGCGCGCACCCUGAGCGCCAAGAAGCGCUCCUCCCGACACUCGCAGCGACACUCGGCCGGACACUUCGACGGCGACGCGGACGGCGGGCACGACUUCCGCACGCGCAGCCGAACGGUGGCCGACGGCAUGGACGACAUCGCCGCCUCCUCCUCCCGCGGCCACUCGCCCUCCUCGAACCUCGAGUCGGAGCGGUCAGACCGGUCCGACCGUUCGGACCGCUCCGACAAGUCGGACAAGUCGCAUGACAAGCUGAAGCCCGGGCUGGGCGCACCGCGGGCGCUCAGCCUCAGCACCACCUCGUCGCUCUCCAACUCGAGCAUGGGCAGCUCGUCGGCGAAGCUCAUCCAGUCGAGCAACCCGCCCUCCAGCUACCACCCCCAGACCGUGCAGGCCAGCUCGCCCAUCUGGAAGCCCCGCGAGGACUCGUCCUUCGACAAGGCCUCGACCCUGCCGGCUAACUACGGCAAGAACAAGGAGCCGGAUCCGGGCAAGCAGUAUUUCGUGUACGACGAGUACGGCGCGCCCCUCUACGUCAUCCCACCGACGGUGCCCAAGAAGGAGCAGGCUAGCACAUCCAUGUCGAGCAAACAGUCCGACUGCUAG